UAUACGCCACAGAAUGAGUUGCUGCAAAAUCGUUAGUAGUUUGUUUCCUUUUUGUAGUUUAGAUAUGAAUGUGGACUUGUUUAGGCGCCAAAAUUAAUUUUGAGGCGAGAAAUUCCUGCAUGUGGAAAGAAAAAUCAUUCCCUGAUAAUCUAAGGGAGCGUGACCUGUAAGGUGCUACUGGUUCUCUGAUUUUAUAAAAGAAAACAUUUAGCACAAGGAAAUGGCCCGGAACAUAUGUGCUUGCUCUGAUUCAUACAGUGAGUGCAGUGACGACUUGUCUGAGGCAGGAACUGAUGAAUGGCUGGAAAUGCAAGAGCUGAAAAAUGAUCUCAACGAGGAGUGGCGAGCCCUUGAAGAUUUCACUCGAGCCAGGCAGAUUCUGAAGGAGGCACUUCAGAGUGUGCAGUGUCCAUCUUCAGAAGAAACUUCCUGUGUCUGCCCUACUCCACGGUAUCAGCGUCCACAAAGACAUGGAAGAAAUCUGAAGGAGCAAAUGUUCAAUGUACGGAGACAGAAGAUUCCUUCAGCCAUUCAAGAAUAUGAGGAACCUGAAGAUGAGGGCCUCAGUGGAAUGGCUCCUCGAAUAAUUGCAUCAAUUUUGCACAUGGAAGAGAAAGGCAUGCCACUGGACCAAUCUCCAGAAACAGUCUACAGUUACUUGUUUAACGAGCAACAAGAAGAACCUGUACUGAUAACAGGACCAGCAGCACCAUCUCAUCCAAAGGAUAUUGUAGUUCCUCUAUCUGUGCCUUCAGAAACCCAACUAUGUGAAAGUGUACAUAAUAUUGGCAUAGCUGCUUCAGCGGUGAGUUCUGCAUCAAACCGGCCAAAAGAUUCCAUUUUUUCAGAACACAUGCCGAAGAUUCCUGGAAAAGGGACAGAAGAAACUGCAGAACAGCGUUCAAUAGUGCAACCUGGUCUGGAUUUCAACCUUCAGACACAACCAUCACGGAAUGUGACGAAAGUUCAAAUACGUGGUUCAGUUCUUCCACCCUGGUUUCCAGGUUAUUACAGUUCUUUUGAGGGUGAUGAAAGAAUGUGUCUUUCAUCAACACCAAGCAAGACUGUGCAUAAAGCAUGGAAGCUAAUGGCUUCAGGUGGAAAUAAAGUCAAUAUUUUGACUAAUGUUGAUUUCUAAAGCCAUACUUAUACAGCAAUGAAAUUCUGUUAAAUUUACUGUGAGUGUGUAUGUCAUUGUUUCAAGAAAAUAUGUUCUCUAGUGUCAUAAACAGUGAAAGACACACUAAGUACUGUCCAUGACUAA